AUGGCUCUGCGCAUAUCAACAAAAAGAUUUGCGGUUACUCUAAAAGCCGCGAAUGGCCUGUCAACUCCCCGCGCUACCUUGGUCUUUACGAGGAAUGGCUCAACAACAAGUCUCCCAGACGAUGCUAGGAAUAGGAUACAACGAGAGGCAUCACUAUCCAAUCCCGAUCCCCCAGCAGACUCUGCCACAGCAAGUCUUGUUAACGGCCAUGCCCCGUACAUGGUCAAGACCUAUAUCCGACCGCCACCUAUGUUUGUUAAAGGGGAGGGGUCCUAUCUGUGGGACGUGGAAAACAGGAAAUACUUGGAUUUCACCGCUGGAAUCGCAGUCAAUGGCUUGGGACACUGCGAUCCAGAAAUGCACCGGAUUAUUUGCGACCAGUCUAAAACCCUAAUACAUACAUCGAAUCUCUACUACAACCCCUGGACCGGUGCCCUCUCCGAACUCCUCAUCCAAAAGACUCUCGAAUCGGGCAGUAUGCAUAAUGCCAGCGCCGUUUUUGUCUGCAACUCUGGCUCUGAAGCCAACGAAGCAGCCAUAAAAUUUGCCCGCAAGUCAGGCAAGGUCCUCGAUCCCUCAGGAGCUAAAUACGAAUUUGUCUCGUUCAAUAACUCCUUCCACGGCCGGACCAUGGGUGCCCUAUCCGCUACGCCCAAUCCUAAAUACCAGAAGCCGUUUUCGCCUAUGGUGCCGGGCUUCAACUACGGAACAUACAAUGAUAUUGCAGGGAUCAAGAACCUGGUUACAGAAAAGACGUGCGGUGUGAUUGUCGAGCCCAUUCAAGGAGAAGGCGGUGUUAUGGUUGCGACAGAGGAAUUCCUCGUUGCGCUCGCAGCACGGUGCAGGGAAGUAGGCGCCGUGUUAAUAUACGACGAGAUCCAAUGCGGUCUUUCCCGCACUGGGAAAUUCUGGGCCCAUGCUUCACUCCCCGAAUCAGCACAUCCAGAUAUAAUCACCACUGCCAAGGGCCUUGGAAACGGUUUCCCUAUCGGAGCAACUAUCGUGAACAAUUCGGUGAGCGAGAAGAUCGUCAUCGGCGACCAUGGAACGACCUUCGGAGGGAAUCCUCUAGCUUGCAGACUUGCCCAUUAUAUCGUAUCGCGGCUGUCCGACCCUGAGCUCCAGAAAUCGGUUCUCGCGAAAGGCGAGAUCUUCAAGAAGCAUUUUGCAGUCCUACAAAAGAAAUACCCCGAAGUGAUUACAGAGGUUAGAGGCAAGGGGUUAAUUCUAGGAUUACAGCUGAAUCAAGAUCCGGCACCAAUUGUGACGGCUGCUAGAGAGAGGGGAUUGCUAGUUAUCACGGCGGGCACGAAUACAUUGCGUUUUGUGCCUAGUUUGACGAUAACUGAGGGUGAGAUUGCGGAAGGCUUAGCAGUAUUAGAUGAGGCGAUUAAGUCUGUUGUUGGUCCUUGA